GCUGCUUUAGAGACGGUACUAAAGCUUAGCUUGACAUUGCCAGGAGGCGAAGCGCGAGGGUGAUGUGCUUAUGUUUCAUGAAGUGCGUUCGUUGAGAACUUUCAUUUAGUCAUUUCUAGUCUAUCUGAUCAUCGUUUAUAACGACGGGUCUCCCUGCAAGUCUGCACGUAGUGUGAAGAGUACGGAAUAUGUAUCGGCACGCCUUGCAGCUGUCAGUACGGAGCGCCUCCACUCUGUCACUGGUAACCUCCCGGGUGCAAAUUUCAGCGAUGUGUCUUCACAUUCUUCCAACCAUUUGCAGUCCUACAUUAUCAGCAUGUCAGUGCAGAUCAUUUCACAUCACUAGCCAGUGGUAUACAACAAAAGAAACUCCAGCACCGAAAGAGGAGGAUGUGGGAGCAUUUACCAAGCUUAUAGAAGCAAUGGGAUUCACAGGACCCCUGAAAUACAACAAAUGGAAAAUCAAGAUUGCUGCUUUACGAAUGUAUACUUGCUGUGUGGAGAAGAUUAAUUAUGAUGAAUUUUUUGAAAGGUGCUCUCUUCCAGAUACACUAAACUCCUGGUUCUUAGUAGCACAACUACAUGUCUGGAUGUGUCUAGUCCGAAUGAAGCAGGAGGGUCGAGCAGGAAAGUACAUGUGCCGGUACAUUGUACAUUCCAUGUGGGAGGAUGUACAUCAGCGUGGUAAAGUCCUUGGGAUUGAUUCAGUGUCUUUAAAGGAAAGCAUACGAGUAAUGACAGAGAAUUUUUAUGCUGCUAUUUUUGGAUAUGAUGAGGGAAUAUUAUCUAAUGAUAGUGUGCUGGCUGCAGCGCUCUGGAGAAACUUGUUCAAUAAAGAGUGUGAAGACCCUCAUCAGCUGGAGUUAAUGGUGGAGUAUGUCCGAAAGCAGAUGCAGUAUUUGGACUCUCUUGAUGGUGAGGACUUGCUGCUCACUGGGGAAGUGAAAUGGCGACCUCUUGUGGAAGAAAAUGCACAAAGCAUCGUAAAGUUUGCCACUCCAACUUACAAUGACACAGGGCUUUGAGGGCUUUGGACAGCAUGCAGUUUAAAGGAACCAGUUAUUUCCUGCGUAGGCAUUUUGCAUUGUCCAUGCUCCUAGAGUGCCUCUGAAAAUGUUCCUUCUUUCCAUACAAAUGGGAACCUUCAGCGAAAAUGAAAUGACCCAUUACCAAUAUUUCUGAGAUCUAUCAGUGUUUACAAUAACAGGAUAACUUGCACAUCAGCCACUGUAAUGAACUUGGCCCUUCUUUUGUGCAACUCAUACCUUGAAAAUAGAGAAGUGAAUAAUUGUAGUGCCCAUGAUGCAGGAGACUACGUUUUAGGCAAAGAAGGAAAAACUGAAUGUGACAGUUCUUUUCAAUCAUGAUUUUUUCAAAAAUAAACAAUCAGGUGCACCACUUCUGCUAUUUUAUUCUGACUGUUAUGCUGCUGGUUCCUCAAUGAGAUUGUGAAAAUUACUCAUUUUCAUUUUGAAAAGGUGGAAUUGUGCCAGUAAAAUUAUUUCUAAUACACCUCCUUAUCCAGUUAGCAGCCAUGUGUUAACACAUUGGCUGUUAUCUUCAUUCACCUACAGAUGGGGGAAAAAAUACAAAAGAAUAACUGCAAUUGCAAAGGAUUACCAGCUAGAGUACUGGGUAAUGAAUUCCACCUCCGUUUUAGGGCUAAGUUUAUUUAAAGAAAUGUUUUUGUUUUUUUUUUUCUUUUCUUUUUUUAAAGUCACUAUAUACAGUAUAAAUGAUUAACAUAUGAAAGAGAAAAAGAGUAUAUAGAUUUAAUGUGCAGUUCAUAUCAAGCCUUUAAUAAGAUUUAGGCAUGUAACAUUUAUAUACUUGAACUUAAUAUUAAAGUUCAUAUUUUUAAAGUAUAUUUCUGUAAAAGAUAAUUUCAGCCUUUGUAAAUGAUUUAAAUAUUCAGAAAAUAUAGUAAAUUUAAAAAUA